AUCAAAACAUCUUCAAGGGGCUAAAAAUAACAGCUUCCUCCAAUCAGCGAAACCCUUCCUAAUAACUAAUGUAUAACUUGGUAAUUCUAUAAUGAUAAUCGCAUCUUAUAUAAUCGGCAACACAUAAUAAUAACAAUGCCAACCCCUCAACCGGACCCCGAGGAAAGCCAGCCCUCGACUUCAUGCUGCGAUGCGCUCUCCUUCUCAAACCUAAGACGGCCUGUCGAAGUAGGAGAUUCGAGCCCUAGCAAUGUAUUCUGGAUAUGGCCCUUCCUCGGGCCAUUGCUCGUCGUGAAUGAGAGCAGCGACACGCGCGACCACUGCGCCAAUGAAAGAACCUUUCUAUCUUACCUUCGGCUCUCCAUUUACAUGGCCGUCGUCGCCAUAGCCAUCGUGUUAUCCUUUCACCUGAAGUCGCAACCCUCGGAACUGGAACUGCGCAUGUCCCGACCCCUCGGCAUCAUCUUUUGGAUUCUAUCCUUGGCCUGUCUAGUUCUCGGGUUUGGAAACUAUAUAAAGACUUUAGACAAGUACAGCAGGAAAGUAGCCAUAGUUCAGACUGGCUGGAGAACGCAAUCGAUUAUGUCUCUCAUUGCAUUAUCGAUCGUGAGCACCUCUGUGAUUCUAUUGGUAAUUGAGAAAUUGCAAGCUGAGAGAUGACUACAAUAUCCACGAUCUCAAUAAACCCAUUUUUUCUUGCCGACUCGGAAGUUAUAUACAUGGUCUCCUUGAAUAUAUCUGCUGGUAUAUAUACGUUGCAUCCCGGUCCAAAACGCGCCAAACCCCA